UAAAAAUCAAAGAACAUACACUGUAUCCCGCAAAAAUUCUACUAUUUGUUAUUUAAAUAUUAUCAAACAUGUUUUUUAGUGUUUUUUAAAUUUUUGGUGUUACGUUUAAGGCAUUGGUUGGUAUAAAAGCAAUAAGAAAUUUGUCUAAAAUCACUUCGUAUUUGAUCUCGCUGUUAACAACAAUGAAUUGCUUUGGUGUAUUCUUCUGUUUGAGUGUCAUUGUAGCUGGGUCAUUGGCGUAUCCAGAUCACGACGAGGAUCACCAUGUACCUCACUACCAUUUCAAGUACGGAGUCCAUGAUCCCCACACCCACGACCACAAACACCAAAAAGAAGAACGUCACCACGAUGACGUCAAAGGAGCGUAUUCCAUCCACGACCCAGACGGUACCCAUAGAGUGGUAAAGUACACUUCUGACAAGCACGAAGGGUUCAAGGCAGAGGUGCACAGGGAAGGGCAUGCCAAGCAUCCAGGACACCAUGGUCAUGGAAAGGGUGGUACCAGCUACGUGGGGGUAACCCAUUGGGGACACGGAUCAGGAAAAUAAAGUGUUAUUUGUUUUCGUUGUUUCCUGUUUUUGUUGUA